AUGCGUUUGGGAAUUUCUUUAACUAUCAUAUCAUACUUCCUUGUUAGACCAAGUUGGGCGAAAGUUUUUGAUUCGGAUGCUAUUUUGUACAACACAGGGUUACCAAAUGAACCAAAUUGGAUCAAUGGUGGAAACUACGUCGUCUUGGAAAACCCUCCAAAGAUAGAUUUAGAUCAAACAAUUGUCCAAGGUCUGUUGUACAUCCACAAUGAUGAGACACCAUUACAAGUUACGAGCUCAAAUCAAGUCGUUAAUGAUGGCGAGCUUGUCAUCUUCUCUGAAUCAGCCAAAGCUUCUGAGUUUGCUUUAAGUACCGAUAUGUUAACGAACAAGGGUUCUUUUUGGCUCAAUGUUCCCAGCAAUACGGAGAAUUCUAUUUCUUUCCUUGGUUUUACAUCGAAUUAUCCUAGUGGUUUGAUGGUUAUUAGCCUGCCUUCAAAUCCAUUGUCGACAGUGAAAUUGGGACAAUUGGCCAACUUUGGCCAGAUAUGUUUAAUUAACCAAGUUGUGGAAGUAUCUUCGGAUGCUUCAAUCACUGGUACUGGCUAUGUCGAUAUUGGAGAGAAUUCUCAGUUCACUCCACAACAUGCUGACCACCAACUGUUUUAUCUUUCCAGUCCUUCAUCCACAUUUGUUGUACCUUUGGACUCUUACCCCUUUGUGUAUGGGUUUGGGAAUGGCAAUACCAUCAUAAUGAGUUUCGGCACUUCUGGUAAUUUGCAAUUGAAAUAUAACGAUGGUUUUCUUACUGUUAUCAAUAGACGGACAAGUGACCCUUUUCCAGUUAUGGUUAGUGUCAACAUAGGUUAUGGAUAUACCUUUGAUGACUUCGUUUUAACUCCUUAUUCUGAAGGUGAAAGCUGUUCCAUAUCUUACCCCGGCGACCCACCAAAUAAAGUCAGUGAAGAAUUCAAACCAUGCCCCCCACAACCCCCAAUCCCUCGAAAUACGGUAACUUCUAGCGCAGCUCCUACAUCUAGCACGACAACUUCGUCUAGUGAAGCCCCAACUUCCAGCGAGGAACCUACAUCCAGUGAAACUCCAUCAUCCAGUGCAGUCCCAUCAUCUAGUGAGUUACCUUCAUCUAGUAUAGAUCAUUCAACUAAUGUGACGCCAUCAUCUAGUACAACACCUCUGUCGACCUUAGCACCAUCCUCCAGUGCAGCACAUUCAUCUAGUGCGAUAUCUUCAUCUAGCGAAGUGCCUUCAUCUAGUACAACACCAUCGUCUAGUGAACUACCAAUAUCUAGUGGGUUGCCUUCGUCCAGUGAAGUACCAACAUCUAGUGAGGUGUCUUCGUCAAGUGUAACACCAUCAUCUAGUGAAUUACCAACAUCUAGUAUUGUCUCAUCAUUUACUGUACCUUCAUCAUUGAGUGAGGUGAGAUCAUCCAGUGUGCUACCAUCUUCUGAAGACUUGUCACCCACUUUAGUAUCUAAAUCAAGUUUCACUCUGACAAUUGUAGUACCAUCAACAAUUGUCAUUACCGUGACCUCUUGUUCAAAUCACAAGUGUACCACAACUCCCAUUACAACUGGCCAAACAGUUGUUACUACCACCUCGAACAGAAUAGUAACAACAUAUACCACUUACUGUCCGCUUACUAGCACAUCCACGACUGAGGAAUCAUCAUCCAGUAAAUCGACUUCAUCUAGUGGCUCAACAUCAUCAAGUUCUUCAGCUUCAUCAAGUUCUUCAGCUUCAUCAAGUUCCUCGACUGGAUCAAGUUCCUCAGCUUCAUCAAGUUCUUCAUCUUCUACAGGAUCUGAAUCAAGUCUCACUCUGACAGUUACAGUACCAUCAACAGUUGUCAUAACCGUGACCUCUUGUUCUAAUCACAAGUGUACCACAACUCCCAUUACAACUGGGCAAACUGUCAUUACUACCACCUCGAACAGUCAAGUCACAACAUAUACUACUUACUGUCCGCUUACUAGCACAUCCACGACUGAGGAAUCAUCAUCCAGUAAAUCGACUUCAUCUAGUGGCUCAACAUCAUCAAGUUCUUCAGCUUCAUCAAGUUCUUCAUCUUCUACAGGAUCUGAAUCAAGUCUCACUCUGACAGUUACAGUACCAUCAACAGUUGUCAUAACCGUGACCUCUUGUUCUAAUCACAAGUGUACCACAACUCCCAUUACAACUGGGCAAACUGUCAUUACUACCACCUCGAACAGUCAAGUCACAACAUAUACCACUUACUGUCCACUUAGUAGUACAUCCACGACCAAGGCAUCUUCAUCUAGUGAAUCACUCACAUCAAGCUCCUUAAUAUCAUCCAGUGAAUCGACCACUUCAAGUUCUUCAACUUCAGCCAGUGAAUCGAUCACUUCAAGUUCUUCAACUUCAGCCAGUGAAUCGACUACUUCAAGUUCUUCAACUUCAGCCAGUGAAUCGACUACAUCAAGUUCUUCAUCCAGUGAAUCGACCACUUCAAGUUCUUCAAGUUCAGCCAGUGAAUCGAUCACUUCAAGUUCUUCAUGCAGUGAGUCGACUAGAUCAAGUUCUUCAACGUCAGCCAGUGAAUCGACUUUAUCUACUACCGUUUCUCAAUCAAGUCUCACUCUGACAGUUACAGUACCAUCUACAACUGUCAUCACUGUGACUUCUUGCUCAAAUAAUAAGUGCAGCACAAUUCCUAUUACAACUGGUCACACUAUAGUUACUACCACCUCGAACAGCCAAGUUACAACCUACACCACUUACUGUCCGCUCACUAAAACAUCAACAUCCGCAACAACUUCUUCCAGAAAAUUACCUGUGUCUAGUGAAACAAUGACUUCAAAAUACAUCUCCUCAUUCACCACAGUAUCUAAAUCAAAUAUCUUACUGACCACUACAGUUCCAUCAACGACCAUCAUCACCACGAUUUCUUGUUCUGACUAUAAAUGUAUCGAAGUUCCUAUCACCACCGGUCAAACUGUCAUUACUAUCGUCUCUGAAAAUAAAGUCACAACGUAUACUACGUACUGUCCCCUUUCUUCAGAGACCUCAAUUGCCCCAUACGACACCAUGUCCACAAUUUCUAGUACUGCAACUACAAACAUUAUCCCAGACAUUCCAAAACCAUCAGAAGGUGGAGCUACAAACUUGAAGACUGUUGUGUCGCCAUUAUUGGUUGUCUUUUUAUCUUUCUUUGCUUUGUAA